CAUUCUUCAUUCGACUGCCGCCGGAGUCAUCGUCGUCGCCGUCGCCAUUUGAUAGGUCAGUCGCAGCCAGAAGUCUGUUUAGGGGGAAAAUUGAAGACGUCGUCGUCAGGAUCGCCAUGUGGUUUGGCCUUUGAGUUUUUGUUUUUACUGUUGUGAAAAACUGUUUGAUCCUUGAAGCAAACGAGUGAUCGUGCAUGAGAUUCUCUCUUUUUUCCCUGCUUUCGGGGAGACAAAUUUGUGGGUAAAAACAAAGAAGGCAAGGUUUUUUUUUGCUCGCUACCCCACUAGGUUUGUAGAAAUGUGGUGGAAAAUAGAAACCAAAACGCAGUAGGGAAAGAAGAUUCCGCCGUCUGUGUCGCUCGCUUGACAGUGUCCCCGGUUAGUUCGUGCUUGUGAAACGUGCAAUUUCAUUCGUCGUGAGGAAAAGUGUUCUCGUAAGCUGCUGGUGUGAUAUUUAAAGUGAAAAAUGUGCUGAAAUUUAAACUAGGGCUUCAUGCAUAAAUAAUUGAUAAACGCUAAAACAAUCGAUAAGUUUUCGGCACCGAGGAUUCGAAUUUAGGACAGCUGGUGGUGAAAAUUUUGCAAAACCUUCUGCAUUUAAUUGCGAACCAACCUCACAACCACUUGCUCGACCUCCCGGCCACUCCGCACCCUUAAUAAUAAUUGAACCCAACCACCAUAUCAUUGACGGAUCGAGACACACAGAGAGAGAGAGCCCAGAAGAGGGAAGAACACAAGAACACAAACCGACGACGCGGUUCGUCUCGCGUGGGGCGUCCGCCUCUGCUGGGCCCACAAUCAUCUUUAACCGUCGUAGCAGCAACAGCAUCGAUGCGCGUCGAUCGGAUUCGGAACCGAUCGUAGCUGAAGUAGUGAUCAGUUGCGCCUCAACAACCGUCACGCGCGAUUGUCUGGCGCUUUGGCGCGUAGUUUUAAGUUAGUAGUGAGUUCAACGGUCAAUCAAACGAAAUAAUGGUUCUCAAGCAACGGACCACAGCUCUGGAGCUGCAUUCGCCGACCGAGGAUGCCCUGGUCAGUCCCGGGAGUGAAAGUUUGCCACCGUUUCCGGGACCAGGUGGUGGCGGUGGACCACAUGGGGACGCACCCGGCAGUUCCGGCAGUAAUGGGAAAAUGGUUGCCGCCGAAGGCGGAAACGAUCGUGUGAAGAUGAAGAAGGAACUCGGGCUGCUGGAAGGUGUGGCCAUUAUUUUGGGUAUAAUUUUCGGAUCCGGUAUCUUCAUUUCGCCCAAGGGCGUUCUGAUGGAGGUUGGAGCCGUGGGAACGUCGCUGGUGAUAUGGAUUCUGUGCGGGUUGCUAUCGAUGAUCGGGGCCUUGUGUUAUGCGGAGUUGGGUACGGCGAUUCCGAAAUCGGGCGGAGAUUAUGCCUAUAUCUACGAGGCUUAUGGACCGCUGCCAGCGUUCUUGUACCUGUGGGAUGCAACGGUGAUAUUUGUACCAAGCACCAAUGCCAUCAUGGGCCUCACGGUGGCCAGCUACGUGUUUCAGCCGCUGUUCGCAGCCGGCUGUUCCGUUCCAACCAUCGGGAUGCAGCUGUUUGCCGCCGUCAUGAUCUGCGGCCUAACUUACAUCAACGCGUACGACGUGCGGAUAACGACCAAGAUGCAGAACUUCUUCAUGUUCACCAAAAUUGGAGCCCUGGUGCUGGUCAUCAUCGUGGGGGUAGUUUGGAUGAGCUUGCCCGGGGGAACGGAAAACUUCGAAAACGCCUUCGAGAAUACGGAAACCGACCCCGGCAAGCUGGCCGUUGCCUUCUACUCCGGCAUCUUUUCCUAUGCUGGAUGGAACUAUCUGAACUUCAUGACCGAGGAGCUGAGGGAUCCGUACAAAAACCUCCCACGAGCCAUCUACAUUUCGCUGCCCCUGGUUACGGGUAUCUAUGUGCUGGCCAAUAUGGCCUACGUAGCAGUUCUCACCCCGCAACAGAUUCUGGCUUCGGAUGCCAUUGCCGUGACCUUCGCUCAGAAAGCGAUGGGCUGGGGUGCCCUGGUAAUGCCAAUCCUGGUGGCCGUUUCAGCCUUCGGUGGCCUCUCCGUUCACAUCAUGACCUCGUCCAGGAUGUGCUUCGUCGGUGCCCGCAACGGUCAUAUGCCCGAAAUCCUGUCCCACAUCAACGUCAACCGGUACACGCCUAUGCCAUCGUUGGUGUUUUUGUGCAUCCUGUCCCUGUUCUAUCUGUUUAUCAGCGACGUGUACGUGCUGAUCACCUACAGUAGCAUCGUCGAGUCGUUCUUCAUCAUGCUGUCGGUGAGUGCGGUGCUGUACUUCCGGUACACCCGGCCAGACAUCAACCGGCCCAUUCGGGUGCAGCUCUGGAUUCCGGUUGUAUUCGUUAUCAUUUGUGCGUUCCUGAUUGUCGUUCCGUGCUACGUGGCACCGUACGAAGUGGGCAUGGGAGUGGCCAUCACACUGGCUGGCAUUCCGGUGUACUACAUCGGAGUGGCUUGGAAGAACAAGCCGGCCGGUUUCGAGGCCGUCCUACGAGGGGUGACCCAAUUCUGCCAGAAAAUCUUCAUGACCGCCAAGGAAGAGGAAGAAGAAAACGAGAGUUGAACACCGACGAUUCUUUCAUUCUUGAAUAAAGACCCUACAUUUGAUGUGGAUCAAGGAUCUGAACACGGGUGCAACAGCUUGGAAAGUUGUUCAUCCGGCAGCCAGUGACAAGAGCAAUUUCCAACAGACAGACAAAACACACCUGGGAGCCAUGGGAGUUGUUCUCUUCGUUUUACUUUAAAAGUAAUUUUCGUUUUAUGUUUUUCCUGUCUAACAAUCAUCAGUGUAUGUAAAAGUGCCAAAAAUUUCGUUUUAAAUUUUGUUUGUGUUUUUGUCGAUUGAAAACUCGUCAGUUUAAUUUAACUUUUUUUUUAAUAUAAAACUAAACUUUGAAUUCUCCCCAACACACUGUACAUGAUAUACGUAUUUCUCUAUGAUUGACUUAGUUUAUUGAUUACGCCAGUACGUUUUCCUUGUAAGAAAUAAUAAUGGCAAAUUAGGUGGUAAACUAUAUCCAAUUGAUUUUUGAAUUUGCUUCCUGUCGUAUAAAAUGCAACUUUAGAUUUUACAGUUCAAAUAUUCUACAUUUCUACAGUUUUUCCAUCAAGUUUGUUGACACUCCACCAUAAAUAACCUGUACAUAAAAGAUACGAUUGCUGCACGUGCAUAAUUACAGUUCAGUUUUGCUAGAUGGACUGAUUCAGUAGCCGGCAAAAAAAAAACUAUCGCUUUUACUUGUGUCGUCAGGAAUAAAUGUUACUUUGAAAAUGCAAAAAAAAAUCAGAUAAUAAAGCAUUUACCUACAGUAGCUACAUUACAUUUAAGAUUUAAAAAAAAACGGAACAUGACAAAAAAAGAUCGUGUGGCUAAAAUGGGAAUCUAUUUCCAAAGCCUCGAAGUAAAUCCAUAGUAGCUAGGAUUAUCUAUAUUGAAGAAAGAAUGAAAGUAACGCGUGAGCGCUUCUUGUGAGGAAUGAAAUAUGAUUUGAGUGAUGCCGUAAGAAAACAGUCAGCGUAGAGGUAGAGUCAAGUCAAUUCGACAAUAUAUGAAAUCAAAUGAUUGAAA